AACCAAAUUGGGCAGACCACAUAGAAGCAUUGACUCAUGCAUACAACUGUACAUCCCACUCUUCACUGGAUUUUCACCAUUUUCGAAAAUGAUUAUGUACGCAAGUUGGCAGACAACUUAGGAUUAGCGUACGCUGAAGCAACACGUACAGCCGAUGGAGUGCGACUUAAGCAGAAAGCGACUUACGACAAGAAGGCAAAACAGUCCGAAUUCGAAAAUGGUUGUCAAGUUUUGAUAGCCAAUAAAGGUAUUCAUGGUCGACGGAAAAUUGCUGAUAGAUGGGAAAAUCAACUUUAUACGGUAGUGUCUAAAUUCCCUGAUCAGCCUGUGUAUGUUGUACGUUCGAUUGAUGGAAAUAAAGAAAGAACAGUUCAUCGGAAUUUAAUUAUUCCCUGUACCUUUAGUACCCUUGAUGAAAGGGACGAAGAGACAGAACAAUUCACUUCAUUCAUUCCUCCACCGCCAGAAUUUGCAACGUACAGUUCAGAAGAUAGCUCUUCGGAAGACAGUUCGUCAGAUUUUGAGAACAGGUACAAUCUGCGCGAAAUAAUUCGUCCACCAGUGAGAUUUGGACAUUGAGACUGAUCAUGAACUUAUAUUGACGAACAUUUUCUUAAUGUAUCUUAUGCUUUUAUA